UUUCAAUUUCCCAAAUUAGCACAUUGAUUAAUUAGCAAUAGAAGGUUUUCUCCAAAAAGGAAAAGAAAAAGAUAAAGAAAAAGACUAGGGGGAGUUAGAAUUGGAAAUCAUUCAUCAGAAAAAUGAGAGUUCAACCAGAGAGAAUCAGCAGCACCAACACAAUGUCACAACCAAGAAGACCACUCCACAUCAACAUCCCCCCAUCAUCAUCAUCAUCCGCCAUGUUCCAACGGAUCCGCCCUUCCCUCGUCACCUCAUUUCUCCAAAAACCACUUUCUCUCCCUUUCGUUCUCUCCAUUUUCCUCUUCCUCGCUUGGAUCUCUCUCCGUUCAUAUCGCACUUCUCAUUCUCUUCACCUCUCUAACCCAAACGACGACGUUAAAGCCAAUCUCCGUAGAUUCUCCUCUCAUUUCCCUUCCCCUAUUACGAAGGAUAAUCGGGGUUGGAUUCUCGAUCCUAUCGCUGUUGCAGCUUCUUCCAGCCUUUCAGGUGGUGCUGUUACUUGUGCUUCUCUUCACCUCGGUGAAAUUCGACCCGGAAAGUUUAGAGGAAAUCAUAGACACCAUGAUUGUAAUGAGACUUUUGUACUUUGGGGUGCUGCUAUCAAGUUUAGGGUGGAAAACAGUGCGGUAACUGAUAUUGGUUAUGCUGAGGUGACCAUAGCCAGAGAUGAGGUUAUUGUUGCUGCUAGCCCUGCUCACACAGCCCAUGCUUUAGUGAACAUAGAUCCGGUUCGGAGUGCGUUCUUUAUAGGAUGCCAAGAUAGUACCAUAAACUAUAAUGCCUCAAGUACGGACUUUAAUGUUUGGAAAGAUCUUUGAAGAUGUUACUCUGUACAGGUUCACACAUCACAUUCCUCUUGAUGAAAUUUAACAUGUUGCUAAGUCUUAAUAUUACUAUGAUUUUGUUGCCACACAGAAUGAGAAAGUUUUAACUUUUAGAUGUCUAUAUAAUGUACAAAACUUAGUUGCAAACUCUCAAGAGAGUAUGAGCUAACAGAAAGACAGAACAAAAGGAGGUACAGUUUAUGCCUUGGUUUAUUAAAGAAUGGAGGAAAAAAUUUAUUCUCAGUUCCUUAACUUUGUACUGAUUGUAAAGAGGCAACAUGAUUUUUUUGUACUGAUCAGAACAAUGUUGGAUCUUGUGUUGGAACUUGUGGUUCUGGCA